UAGCGUCAGACUGGCACAAGGCGAGAGGAGAUACUAACAUACAGACUGCAUGGUAAAAGGAGGAAAAAACAGCUGCCAAAAUAGCUUUCUAUAGCGGAAUGUUUUCUCGAAAGAGCCAUGGAGACGUCAAGAAAUCUACACAGAAAGUUCUGGACCCAAAGAAGGAUGUCCUGACCCGCUUGAAGCACCUCAGGGCUCUGCUAGAUAUCCUGGAUGGGGGAGAACUAAAGACAUUCUUUGAAACAAACUGCUCUCAAAUUUAUUUUAUCUUCUAUGAAAAUUUUAUUACACUGGAAAGUAGCUUAAAGCAAAAAGGGAAUAAAUCACAAAGGGAGGAGCUGGACUCUAUUCUCUUUCUUUUUGAAAAAAUUCUUCAACUUCUGCCAGAAAGAAUAUACUAUAGAUGGCAAUUCCACAGUAUAGGUUCUAUUUUGAAGAAACUUUUGCACACUGGAAACUCAAUCAAGAUAAGAUGUGAAGGAAUCCGACUGUUUUUACAAUGGAUUCAAGCACUGCAGUCAAAUUGCUUGGAAGAACAGUUUUUAAUCUUUGCUUGCCUCGUGCCUGGAUUUCCAACAGUGACUUCCUCAAGGGGUCCCUGCACGCUGGAUACUAUUAUUACCAGCUCCUACAGUAACACUCCGGAUGCCAAGGUUGUUCCUGAAGAAAUCACGCCUCUAGUGCCAGCAGUGGCAGGUGAAAAGAUAGCUGAAGACCAGACGUGCUAUUUUCUACAAAUUGUUCUGAAGGACAUGGUUAUCCAGGCUUCAAGCUUAGAAUGGAGGAACAGAGAAAAUAAAGACACUGGCUUCAGGUUUCUCUUCACGCUCUUUAAGAAGUACUACCUUCCUCAUUUGUUUCCGUCCUUUACAAAGCUCACCAACGUGUACAAGCCGCUGCUGGAUAUUCCUCAGCUCAGACCAAAGCCACUGUACCUUCCUGUGACUCGCAACAAUGAGAGUACUUACUGCACAAGAGACCAAUUCCUGGCAGCGCGCGUUGCUUUUAUCAAAUGGCUCGUGACCUUCUUUUUGGAAAAGAAGUAUGUCACAGCAGUUCUGAACACUAAGAAUGGAGGGGAGGUGCUACCCAAAAUAAUCCAGACUGUAACUGCAGGCAGUACAAGUCAAGAGAAGAACUCUGAGGCUGAGAGCAAUGGACCCGCUGAGCAGGACAAGAACCAUUCCAACAGCAGCACUCUGUCUGACAGAAGACUCAGUAACUCCAGCCUUUGCAGCAUUGAAGAGGAGCACCGGACAGUCUAUGACAUGGUGCAGUGGAUUCUGCUGUCUACCAGGGACAAUGUGAAUUUUGUAAAUGAAGUUUUCCACCAGGCUUUCCUGUUACCAUCUUGUGAGGCCUCUGCAACAAGAAAGGUGAUACAGGUUUACAAGAAGUGGAUCCUGCAAGAUAAGCCUGUGUUCAUGACUGAGCCAGAAAAGAGCAAUCAAGGAGAGGAGGAAGGAGUGCAUUCUGAUUCUCUGCUGGAAACAGAGACAGACAGCAAACAACCUACAGAGCAUCCCGGUCACAAGCGCUCUUCUAGCUGGGGGAGAACAUAUUCAUUCAGCAGUGCAAUAAGCAGAGGCUGCAUUAACGAAGAGGAAAACACUGAUAUCAAAGCUGGGGUCCAAUCUAUGUUACAGGUGUUCCUGACGAAUUCAUCCAACGUCUUCUUACUUGAACCUUGUCCUGAUGUCCCCAAGCUCAUAGAAGACCAGAUUGACGUGUGUAAAUCUGUGCUCAAUAUUUACAGGAAAAUGAUAAUGGAGCAUGCCAUGAAUAAGCAGACCUGGGAGCAAAUGUUACAAGUAUUGCUAAGAAUCACUGAUGCUGUGAUGCGAAGGCCACAGGAAAACACUAAAGAUGUGUUUGCCAUGAGCCUGGCUGGAAUGCUUUUUCGGACGAUAAUGGUAGCCUGGGUUCGGGCUAAUUUAAGUGUCCUUAUCACCCGGGAGCUCUGGGAUGAGCUGCUCAGUGUGCUGUCGUCCCUCACUGCUUGGGAGGAGCUAGUCAUCGAGUGGGCCAACAUCAUGGAUUCUCUCACAGGAGUCAUAGCAAGAUCUGUCUAUGGCCUAGAUAUGAGCAGCUUGCCGCUCGACAAACUGAGUGAACAGAAAGAAAAGAAACAGCGAGGCAGAGGUGUAAUUCAGGACACUCAGAAGGGAGCUGCUGUGGGUAGAUCGUUUUCUCUGAGCUGGAGAAGUCACCCUGAAGUUCAGGAGCCCAUGCGAUUCAGAAGUGCCACAACAUCGGGGGCUCCAGGAGUGGAAAAAGCAAGAAACAUAGUCCGGCAAAAAGCUACAGCUAAGCGAAGCCAGUCUAUCAGCAACUGUGUUCAUCUGUAUGAGGCUUUGCCCGCUGCUAAAAGCGUGCCUCUGCUACUUCACACUGUGAGCUCUUUCUUGCCUGGUAUCUCUUACAACUCUUCCUCUCACAGACUUUCAGAAGUGGAUGAGAGCCAGCAGGGUGACAGUCCCACGGAUGCAGAGACCCUUGAUGUGGAUCGAGAGCAGCAGCUCACUCGCAGCAGCAGCACCUCAGAUAUUGCACAGCAGCUCACCUCCAACUCAUUCCAAGGGCAAAAAAGAGAAAAUUCACCAAAUACCAACUAUGGUUUAGAAAACAGUGGAACAGGAAGAAAAGAAGUUGAGACUCCUUUGAUCUACGUCUGUCGAAGUAGCAAUCCUGGGGAACUUGAAUAUCCUGGGGAUGGCCUGCUACCUUUAGGAAGACAGAGGCAGAAAAGUGAGAGUGUCAGCAGUGAAACCUCUAAUGGCUGUCUCAAUGAAGUAGAUGCCUGUUUAAUGUCAUGGCAGACAUUUGAGGAGCCCGAUUCACUGUCUCCUGCUGACGUCACUAUUGAUUCAGACAGCCCACGGAAUUUGCUGCAGCUCAGCCCUUCUGAUGGCAUGACAGGUUGUGACUGUGCCCUUCCUUCCCACUCUCCACCUCCCCUUCAACCCCAGCUUCCUUCUGCCUCUCCUGCUUUGCUAAUGCAGUCUGACUGCCAGGACCACCCUCCUCUCCUGGAAGAGAACAUGCACCACUCUGUUAUGCACAUGCCUGAAGAUUUGGACAGCAGUGAAUGUCUAGCCAACGACAUCAGUAUCAUUGCCGGUGGGAGUCUUACUGGCUGGCACCCAGACUCUGCAGCUGUGCUGUGGAGAAGAGUUCUAGGAAUACUGGGAGAUGUGAACAGCAUCCAUUGUCCGAAAAUACAUGCAAAGGUGUUCCUCUGCCUGCACGAGCUGUGGCACAAGCUAGCAAAGAUUAGAGACAACCUUGGAAUCAGUGCUGAUAACCAGUCCUCCCCUCCACAGCCCUUCCUCAUCCCACCGCUGACAAUGUUUGCCUCUUGGUUAUUUAAGGCUACUACAUUGCCUCCUGAGUACAAGGAAGGGAAACUCCAUGCCUACAGGUUGAUUUGUGAGAUGAUGACCAAGCAUCAAGAUGUCCUGCCCAAUUCUGAUUUCCUUGUACACUUCUACCAUGUGAUGCACAAGGGCUUCACCAGUGACGAUCAGGAUGUUUUGAACACAGUCAUCCGGUAUUGUUCUCCGCGGUUCUUUUUUCUUGGUUUGCCUGGGUUUACGAUGCUGGUUGGCGACUUCAUCUCAGCUGCUGCCCGGAUCCUUGGCUCUGAAUCAUUGGAUGCCCCACGCAUUGAAGCACAAACUAUUCUCGGCUCCCUAGUGUGCUUCCCAAACCUUUAUAAGCAAAUGCCUUUACUGCAGCCUGUUCCUGGAUCUACUGAGAAAUUCACUCGGAAUGAGGACAUUAAGGACUAUUUCAUAAACAUUUUACUGAAGAAUGCCAGAAGUGAGCCAAGUGAGGGUGCGAGAUGCAUCGCUGUGUGCAGUCUUGGGCUGUGGAUCUGUGAAGAACUGGCCCAGUGCACAAACCACCCUCAUGUGAAAGACGCUAUCAAUGUAAUGGGUGUAACACUGAAGUUUGGAAACAAAGUGGUUGCUCAUGUAGCGUGUGACAUCUUUCAUCUGCUAGUCUGUCACUGGCAGAACCUUCAGAAAUAUGAGGCCUCUCUUCCCAAGAAAAUCACUGAAAUUUUUGUUGCCACGAUUGCAUUUCUCUUGCCAAGCGCAGAACACUCUACCGUGGAGGCAGAUAAAAAACUAAUGGUAUCUCUGCUGCUCUGCCUGUUGGAUUGGUGCAUGGCAAUUCCUUUGAAUACACUGCUAGAGCCCAUUGCCAUGCCUGUACUUGAAGAUCCUUAUUCUCAUAAAGCUCCUCUUCUGGACUAUAUUUACAGGGUUCUGCACUGUUGUGUUCAUGGUUCAAAUCUCUACACCCAGCAAAGCCAUUACCUGCUGAGCCUUGCAGACCUUUCCGCCACAGACUACGACCCGUUCCUGCCGGUCGGGAAUGUCAGGAACUCGGAGCCACCGCAGUCUCAUACCAGUGUGGAUUUUGGCAGCCUGCUCACCGUAGCGGAGGAAAAGAAAAGGAGGAACAUGGAACUGAUUCCUCUGACUGCACGCAUGAUCAUGACGCACCUUGUGAACCACUUGAGCCACCAUCCACUCAGCGGAGGUCCUGCCGUUCUUCACAGCCUCAUCAGCGAGAACCACGACAAUGACUAUGUUGAGUCUUCUGAGCUGUCUUCAGAGGUCUUCAAGAGCCCUAACCUGCAGCUGUUUGUGUUCAAUGACAGCACCCUUGUUUCCUAUCUGCAGAUCCCUGCAGAAAAGACUGGAGCCGGCGAGCCUCAUGGAGGUGCAGCAGAUGUCCGAGUCAUUGUGAGAGACAUCUCUGGAAAGUAUUCGUGGGAUGGUGGCGUUCUCUAUGGACCUUUAGAUGGACAGUCAUCCAGUAGCUGUAAAGAGCAACAUGUAAAAGUGCCUUGGGGCAGUGCCAGGCCUGAACAGAACGUGCACCCAAUGAGCUGGGACUCUGAAGGUAACAGUGAAGAAGGGCAGGACGUGUUGGAUAAGCUGCUGGCGAACCUGGGCAGCUGUAGUCCGGAGUGCCUGUCCCAGCAGCAGGGGAAGCUCAAUGAUCCAGCUCCGCCACCACAGGGUAUGAGUCGUGAGCAGGAGCACACCAUAAUGGAAGCCAUCUUAAGGCAGAGCUCCCAAGAAGAGGCACAUGUCAAGAGGUGGCACAGUGACAUAAGCAUGAAAGUAAGCAGUCAGAAAGAACCGGCUCCUCAAGAGCCCAAAGCACCUUUCUAUUUCUGCAGGCUCCUGCUGAAUGAUCUGGGCAUGAAUUCCUGGGAUCGCAGAAAAAGUUUCCAUCUACUGAAAAAAAACUCAAAGCUCUUAAGAGAACUUAAAAACUUGGAUUCAAGACAAUGCCGAGAAACACACAAGAUAGCUGUGUUUUAUAUCGGGGACGGCCAGGAGGACAAGUGCUCCAUUCUCUCAAACACCGAAGGUAGUCAGGCCUAUGAAGACUUUGUCUCAGGACUUGGCUGGGAGGUGGACCUCUCAACACACUGUGGCUUCAUGGGUGGCCUCCAGCGCAAUGGCAGCACAGGCCAGACAGCCCCUUACUACGCUACUUCCACCGUGGAAGUGAUCUUCCAUGUGUCCACAAGGAUGCCGUCGGAUCCAGACGACUCGCUGACAAGAAAGCUUCGUCACCUGGGAAAUGACGAGGUUCAUAUCGUCUGGUCUGAGCACACAAGGGACUACCGCAGGGGCAUUAUACCUACAGAUUUCGGGGAUGUGUUGAUCAUUAUUUAUCCAAUGAAGAAUCACAUGUUCUUCGUACAGAUUAUGAAGAAACCACAGGUCCCUUUCUUUGGUCCUCUGUUUGAUGGAGCCAUUGUAACAGGAACACUGCUGCCAAGUUUAGUGCGUGCCACAUGCAUUAAUGCCAGCCGAGUUGUGAAGUCUCGCCUGACACUCUACCAGAGCUUCUAUGAAGAAAGGGCAUUGUACCUGGAGGCGAUCGUCCAGAGCCACAGAGAAGUGAUGACGUUUGAAGAUUUUGCUGCACAAGUGUUCUCUCCCUCCCCGAGCUACUACACCCUGAGUGGAACAGAUUAAAUAUGUAAAGGUCUGAUUACAGUAAAUGAUAAAGGCUCCCUUAGUGGCAGUGCGAGUGCUGAGAUCCCCGUUGCUGUAGGAACGGACUCCACAGAUCAGGUCUCCCCUACAAUGCCACGCUCCACAAAGAGCAGAGUCCCUGGGAAACUCCGCCGCUCUGCCAGUGCCAUCAGCAAAUCCUCAAACUGACUGUGGGACCUUCGAUUAGCUUUUACGAAUAACAUUAGUACUUUUCAUUAUUGUCUAAUCAUUCUUAAUUUCUUCUUGUUUUUUAUGAAAACAAGUUAGACCAGUUGGAAAGCAGUUGGUGCAAACACCCAGAAGAAGGACAAGAACUAUAGAUGUGUUUCUUUUUGCUGUACUUUAUCUGGUUUGUUAGGGAUACCUGCAAAACAAACACAACCUGUUAGUAUUGCAAGGCUAGUUAAUUUGUUAGGCGCAAUAUUUAAUACAUGUCUGUCAUUCAGUACAGUACAUUCAUAAUUGGCCAAGUAAGAUGAAAAAGGAACCUAAUCCAUUUAAGAGCAACAGGUACAAAAUUGUCCUUUUGAUGGCUUUUUAACAGUACUGUUCUUGGUGCUUUGUUGGUAGUUUUCCCAAUACUUUUUAUCUUUUUCACUCGCUGUGCUUUUGUGACCCUCAGUCCAAGAAAGCUUGUUCAUGUUUCUUCACCACACACUUCAUUACCUCUUUUGAAAGCACGGUGCUGUCCGUGGUACUGAGGAAACCACCAUUCUCAGAAAGAGGGCCUGAAGGGGCCUGCUUUAGAAAGACCAGCAUGACAUCGCCUUCCUCUGCAAAGCAAGGAAAAACACUGGGAACACGGCACCCGAAAAAACAAAACACAAGAAGGGCACUCAGAAGGUCGUGUUUGUUUGUUUGUUUGUCUUCCUUUUUUAAAUAUUACUGUGGGAACAGAUGAAUAUGCAUAUUGGAAUUGAAAAAAAAAGGAUUCUUUUUUAAUACUGUUGUAUGUGUUGCAAAAUAUUUUACAAAUCAGGGCAGAUGAGUUUGGUUUAAAAAAAAAAAAAAAGAUAUUCAGGGAUACUAAAAAUAAAGUUAUUCAUGACAUUUUAUAACAAGUUAUUUGUAGUAUUGCUGAAAAUUGUACGAAUGAUUAUCUAAAAGUUGCAGAGUUAAAUACAAGAUGUGUGUCUCGGUCAGAUUUGCACAUAACCUCUGCAUGUUAACACUAGCUUACUCAGCCAGCACGUCUUUGAAGACAACCGGGAUGAAAGGAACGAUUUGGUCAUAGGAAGAGAAUCUAUGUCUCCAUUUCCUUUGCUUUGUGAGAUUUUUUUUUUUUUUUUUUUUUUGUGGAUAAUCCUGAAUUUUAAUCUGUAUUGCCUUUUAGUUUGGCAGUUCAUUGCUUUCUACUUUUUGCUUUACUUCACAAACACUUAAUAUUAGGCGAAGGGUAUUGGUUCCUUUCUUUGCCACAUUACCUUGCAUGAUCUUCAGAGGAUUGAAUCGUUAUAUAGUAGCAUAAUGUAGGUUAAGUGUCAUUAAGUUCUUGAAACCAGAGUACAUUGACAUUCCAAUUUGUGUACAACUAGAUGUUUCUCUUAGCGAUCCAAAAAACUACAUUUAGUUUGUUUUCCCCAUCUAGCAUAGUUUUGGGUUAUGCAAACUAAAUUUAAAUAGUAUAAAUAUAAUUUCUUACUACAGAAGAUUAUUUUUUCUUCUUGUAAAGCUACAGAUUUUCCAUUGACAUCCAUAUAUGUUAUUUUGCACUCUAUCUGUGUUAACAUGAAGUGAAUGCGUCUUCUGUUUUGAGAUGAAAAAUGCUUUUAAAAUUGUUAUCAUAUGUAAAUAUUGAGUAAUAUUUGAGAAAGAUUUGCAGUUAUGUUAAGUUAUGUUUUUUUGCUGUCGGUUUUUGUGAAUUCGUUGAUUUGAUUAACCCUGCAAUCAGAACCUCAGGUGUUGUCCUCUCUGCACAUGCUCUCCGUGUGUCUAGACCAGAAACUGGAACGUAUUGCUCAGAGUGCUGAUGUAAUACCUGACUUGAAGACUGAUCUAUUCCAUACCCGUUGCAGCCGAGCAGGCCGUACAGUGCACUUAAUAUUAAUGUCAGGUUGGACGAUACAUUGUGUGUCGUAUUGAAGUGAAUACAGUACUGUUCAGGGUUUCAUUGCUUGGAUAAAUUAGAACGAUAACUGAUUGCCUUAUAUUAUAGUUUUUACUUUAUACUGAUCUAUAUGCCAAGUGGUUGUGUGCACAAGCACAUUGCAUAUAAACAUAUAGGUAGCUAUUCUUUAUUUUCAUGCAGUCUUUUAAAAGAUUGCAGAGCCAGUAGGUUAUGGGUUCAGUACCUGCCACCUCUUUAUUUAUGUUUAAAUAUUUUAGUAUUUUUCUAACCACCUUGACUGGGAUACUGUGUAACAUGGAGGUAUGAUAAUGGCUUCAGCAAAUGCAGGAGCAGGUGAUUUUAUAAAGCUAAAGAGACAUUGAAAGUUAAAGCUUGAUAUGGAUAUACAAUAACUCUAAACAAUACACACAAGAAUACCAGAAUGCCAGCACUGAAUCCAGUGUAGUCACCAGUUCAUUUGAAAGCAGGUUUGUGUUUAGUUGUUUUUUCACUGCUGUCCCUUGAUACUAGUCGCCAUGUGAACCAGGUAUUACAUGCACUGCAUGUGCUCUACUUCAGAAGCGACUCUGUCCUACUGCACUGCCUUACUGGUACAUGAUUAUUAAGCACGCUGAGUUACAUAGGAAGCGUCAUCUGAGAGCUGCACACUCUGUGUGUAUGUGUGU